AUGUUGGCCAAGAUGGGGCGAAUCGCGCUCAUCGCCGAGGAAAUGGGGCGCCCGGAAGACGCCAGAAUGGUGGCGGCUCGCCUGGCCGAAGCAUCUCAGGUUUGGCUGAACGGUACGGCGGGGUCCCCAUUGCUCUACGACUUCCGGUGGGGCGGCGUGGUCACUUGCGGCUGCGCGUAUGAAAAGGACCACGGUUGCAUGAAUGGUAUCGGCCCAUAUCAGUGCCCAGGCCUUAGCGACCCCGGGAUGAACUUCGGCCUUGGCUUUUACAACGAUCAUCACUUCCAUUUCGGUUACCACAUCUUUGCGGCGGCGAUCGUCUCCAAGUUUUUCCCGGAUUGGGGAAUCAAGCACCACGAGGCCGUGACGCUGCUCAUCAGAGACAUAGCAAACCCGUCCAGCUCGGACCCUUUCUUCCCGGUGUUCCGACACAAGGAGGCACUGUCGUUCAUUGCCCUGCUUUCUGAGUUUGUUGCUAGAGUCGCCAGGUACAACUCGCUAAACCAACCUCUGGUUUUGAGACAGCAUUGGUCAUGUACAACCCCGCAACGUAUUUUAAGAGAACCUUGCCAUGAAUACCAAGCACUUCCGCGGCGGUGCCAGGAUUGGUUCUUGGGGUCAUCGUGGGCCCUUGGCAUCCCCACCCUGGGGGGGGUCCCGUACAUGAACGGUCGCAACCAGGAAAGCAGCAGCGAGGCCGUCAAUGCGUACUACGCCGUCGCCCUCUAUGGCCACGUCAUGGCACAGGUGUUCUCCUCAGCGGGCGAUCCGGCAAAGGCGCAGGCGGCCUCCCUCAUUCGGGACACUGGGAGGCAGCUUCUCGCCACGGAAGUACAGUCCGCCCAGAUUUACUGGCAAGUCGCCAACGCAGGCACCCCCAACUUGCCUAGAGUGUAUCCGGAGGCCUACCGGCCGCACGUCGUCGGGAUGCUUUGGAGCACGCUGGCGCAGAUGCAGACCUGGUUUGGUGCGGAGGCCUGGAAAGUUUACGGGAUCCAGGCAAGCUGCCUAUCCGUCUCUUUGUAUCUGCAUAUGCUACCAAUCACCGGAGUUAGCGAGCAGCUGCUGGACCCGCGAUGGGUGCAGCAGAUGCUGCCGUCGUUCGAGGAUUCUUGUCUGCACGACAGCAACCCCAUAAAGGCCUGUGUCGUGGAGGGGUGGUCGAUGCUCGUGCACGCAGGACAAGCGAUCACCGGCAGGUGGGAAGAUGGUAGAGAUGGGAUAAUGGCCCUCCCAGACGACGUGUUCGAGACGGCGGGCGGAAAUGGUCACAGUCGAACGAGCAUGCUGUGGUUUGUGGCCAAUCGCCCUCCCCCUCCGCCACCCUCGGGUGAUGACGACAGUGAUUAACGUUUGCGAUGUCAGGGAUUCCUCACCUUCCCCGACAACAAGCGUUUCUCCUCAUCGGAGUAGAAGCCUGACUGGGUUUACUGUUGUCAAUUUUGUUUUGCGCCCGGAUUUUUGACUGCGUAGAGUCGAUGAAACGUGGCAUGCGGUCAGCUUGUGGAUUUUUUGUUUUGGACGUAUGAUUGUACGUGAAUUGAAGGUUGCAGCGAGGCGUGUUGCAACGGUUUGUGUGUAGAGCAGAUGCUUGAUGAAGGUUUCGGCUACAAAUCUACAGCUACACACCGCGAUUGCGGGCGUUUAUGGCGCUUGGUUGUUGGACUUGGUGUUGAAUUUCAGUGAUUGACAGGAACGGGGAUAACAGAUGACCGAGUUUGGUGCAAUAGUGCAUGACUCGGGUUCGAGAGGGCUCACAGACAGGCAGAUAGGCUGCCAGGCAAGAUAUUGAGAUAUGACAUAGAGAUAUACGAAAGA